GACGAAGCUAAAGAUGAUGAUUUUAGAGCUCCUUUGUAUAAAAAUGUAGAAAUUAAAGGAAUAACAGUUCGGAUGAAAUGGUGUACAACUUGUCAGUUUUAUCGUCCUCCUAGAUGUUCACAUUGUAGUGUCUGUAAUACAUGUAUAGAAACAUUUGAUCAUCAUUGUCCCUGGUUAAAUAACUGUAUAGGCAGAAGAAAUUAUAGAUAUUUCUUUUUAUUUUUAACAUCGUUAUCAUUACAUAUGUUUAACCUGUUUGCACAAUGUUUAGUGUAUAUAUUAGAUCAUCAAGAGAGCUUACAUCAAGCUGGUACUAUUGUAUCUAUAGUGUUAAUGUGUAUAAUAGGGUUAUUGUUUGUACCAGUGAUAGGGUUAACUGGUUUCCAUAUAGUACUAGUAUCUCGAGGUAGAACUACCAAUGAACAGAUGACUGGUAAAUUUAAAGGUGGACACAAUCCAUUUGAUAAAGGGUGUUUUGACAAUUGUUGUUACAUACUCAGUGGUCCACAAUGGCCAAAGUAA